AUGUCAAUCCACUUCGCACCUCAAUGGGUCAAACCAAUCAAACCAUCCGGUACAUCCUUGACACCAACUACUGAACAGCCAGUUUCCUUGAAAACCAAUUCCUCUCAUCCGAAUACAGCACCAAAUGUAUCUUUCCCUGCUCUAUCACAAUCUCAAAGAGGUGCUCCCGGUGGUGUGACUUCUCCUUCGAGUGGACAAGCACCAAAUAACACUCAACCUCUGAGUUACUCUAGAGUGACUCAUACGCCAUUAUCACCUAAUUUCCCAAGUGAUGCUAGUUAUUUCCCAUAUCAAGAACCGAAUGGAAAUGUCAAUUGGGUCAAUGGAGAUAACGCUACUUCCCAUCCCUUCAGAUAUGGUAGGGACCAGAUCCUGAAUCUGUUCGAUGAGAGCAAGUUCAAAGAGCGACCUAUCGAAUUGGUCGAAAUGGCAGAAGGAGGUGGGGUGUUGGUUAGUAAAUCGGUGAAUCGACCGAUCGGGUUGAGGGAUCUUACGGAGAUUGAGAAGAAGCUUCUUGCUACAUCGAUUCACCCUCCGCCACCUACGAGACGUCAGAAUACCCACGGUAACACCUCCAACGUCAAUACGAAUACUGCUGAACCUCCGACACCGAAUGGGCUGCCUUCUCGUCGAACUGGUGGGUUCGCUCGUGGUGAGGGUGGCGCAUUUGGAGGUGGAUUGGGUGGAAAGAUCGGUACGAUCGGUGGAGGUUUGAUCAGUCCUGGUGGAUUGGAGAGUAAAGCUCCUGGCGCGCUCGGUGGUGGUUUUGGUGGGGUAGGAAAAAGGUUAGGUAGAGUCAGGGGCGAUGCUGCUGAAAUUGGUACGGAUGGCACACGAUCGACCGGGCCUAACUGGCGACCUGCUAGGACCGCUUCAGGGAGUUUUGAAGGUGUCUUAGGGUUUGGCAGUACUGGUCCUUCAGCAUUGACCUCUGGAAACCCUCUGUCACCCAAUCCCAACGUCGAUGUUUCUGAGAGAUGGGGUACCGGUCAGAAGAAGUGGAGGAUUGCUGCUGGACUGUCUGCACCUGGUGAUGGUGAUAAGACCCUCGAGCUUCCUAUCGCAAAUGAACCGAGUUCAGUGUCCGUCAUCGCUACUCCUUCUGCUACACCAGUUCCUGAGCGAGACGCUACCGUUCUCGAGUCCGUUGCUGCACCAGCCAACCCACAUGUGCACAGUCAAGAAGGAGUUCAACAGCAACAAGCGGAGGAAAAGCAAGAUCUAGGCGCAGUAGAAUGGUUCUAUCGAGAUCCCAAUGGUCAAGAGCAAGGUCCAUUCACUGGCACUCAGAUGCACGACUGGUACUCUCACUCCUACUUCACCGAUGAUUUACCUCUUCGACGAGCCUCCGAAACUUCCUUCCGCCCCCUUGCCGAAUUGAAGGUUGCAACUGGGAAUGCUGUUCAGCCUUUCUUAUCGCCUAUCCGACCCCGUCAACUACCACCUAACCUUCCUAUCCCUGUUGCUGCACUGCAACAACAAGUCACCAAUGGUCUUCCCGAGUCGUUCCGUAAUCUCAACGUAUCUUCACCCGUUGUGGCCGAUCCCCGGGUCAGUCCACAACCUCCAAUCCAAAACACCCCUCAACAGUUCAAUCAGGCUUUCCUCCCCGAACGGGCACCUUAUUCUCCAGCCGGCUACGGACAAGGCUUCAAUGGUCAACUCGGCUCUCCUGCUGCUUUCGGUCCUUCGCCUGGUCAAGGAUGGGGUAUGGCACCUGGCGCUGCUCCUGGCGGACCUCGACUCAACGGACCAUUCGGUUCUAUUGGCAUGCCAUCUCCAAUCGGUUCGACACCUUUACCAUUCAUGCAACCUCAACAUCAACAACAAUGCUUUUCGCCUCAAAUUGGUAGUCCUGUGCGAAGUGGGGAUCUCUUCUCUCCUUCUGCUGGCGUAGGGGCAAUUCCUCCUUCACCAUGGGGAAUGGCUCCUCAACCUCAAACUCAACACUCACCUGCUUACGCUCAUCAGAUGCCCCAACAACAUCAACAAGCUUCUCCUGUUCCAGUCUGGUCUAAUGAGCAGCAGCAACAUCACCAACAGACUGUUCAACCAGAGGAACAAGCUAAUGCUGAGAUCGAACAGGCUGUCGCUGAAGCCUUAUCGCCUGUUGCCCCUCAAGAUCAAGUAUUCGAACCGGUCGUUCCCGAAAUAACCCAAGCCGCUGUCGCUAAUGAAACUCCUGUUAACGAGCAAUCAGGUCCAGCAGCAACUGAAGUCGAUCAAUUUGCUGAAACUCCACAAAGAGAAGCUUCGCCCCAAGCUGAAGCUCCUACACCUGCAAAGGCACCAGCUUCAGUGUGGGGUCAACCAUCUUCGAAAGCACCAUCUCGAAAGGCUUCUAUUGCCUCUCCCGCUCCUUCUACACCUUCAUCCGCCGCUCCAACCACUCCAGCCACUGCCGCCGCACCCACCAUCUCCAAAUUACCUCCUGCACCAGCUUCUCUUCCUGCUAGACCCGCCGCUCCCGUCAAACAAGCCUCGACAUCAGACUCAGUGUCUGACCCCAAGACAGUCGCUCCUGCAACUCCUGGACCCACUAUUGGAACUUCCGCAGGUGAAAAGUCUCUAGCCUCCGCUAAAACUGCACCAUGGGCUAUCAAGGAUGAGAAGGAUGUCAAAGCUUUAUCAUCUCCUUCGUUGAGGGAAAUUCAGGAAGCUGAAACGAAACAUGCUGAAGCUAGAAGAGCUGCUUUGGCCGAAGCCCGAGCCGCGACUUCAUCCCCUGCGCCAACUCCCUCUCUUUCAACUGAAGAUUUCCCUACUUCCAUGGCUUGGGGAUUACCAUCCUCUAAACCUUCUGCACCUACUCCCGCACCCUCCACUCCUUCUGCACCAGUAUGGGGUGGUAACGAAGCAACACCUAAGAAGACCUUGAAACAGAUUCAAGAGGAAGAGGAGAAACGAAAAGCGAAAGCGGCUCAGGCUGCUCGAGCAUCUCAAGGUGCUCCUGGAUUACCUUCAGCUGCUGGAGCGGUAGCCUCUCAGAAGAGGGGUUAUGCUGAUUUGGCUGCGAACGCAACGUCCACCCCUCCCCCUGCAGGUUGGACGACAGUUGGAGCUAGCGGUAAAUCCUCCGCGACCACCUCUACAGCCGCCAGAGUGGUCUCCACCCCGACUUCCAAACCCGCUACACCUGUCAAGCCUCCUACUUCCGUUCCAAGCGCAGCAGCAGUGGUCGGUUCAGGCACACCGAAGAAAGUCAAUGGUACUGCAUCUGCGGCGGCUGAAGAUCCUAGUGCACCAAGUGUUGAGUUCAUCAGAUGGGUCAAAGGUGCUCUAAACGGGUUCAAGGGUGAUGUCGAUGACUUCAUCAACAACGUUUUAUUGCAAUUCCCAAUUGACAUACCUCAAUCAACCCGAGCUGAAACACUUGAAAUCAUCUCCGACGGAGUAUAUGCCAAUUCGUCGACUUUGGAUGGUAGAAGAUUCGCUCAGGAGUUUUACACCAAACGAAAAGCUGAUUCUCAAAGAAAGUCAACGAACGCGGUCAGUAAGAUCACGAGUUUGGCUGAUGUCGUUAAGACCCAGGCGCCGAAAGUGAAAGGUGAUGAUUUUGGAUUCAAGGUUGUUAAAGGUAAAGGAAAGAAGAAGAAUUAG